UAGCAUGAGGCUGUUAGUCACUUACUAGUGUUACCCUCGGGGGCUCGACCAUGAAAUCCCCCCAUUCAGCCUCCCCAUGGACCCGGGGAACUUUUAAGGCAGGGGCUGCCGCUGCUUCCCCUUGAUCUGCCUGCUCCCUUCGCUUCCCCCCGCCCCAUCAUCUAUCCCGGGUUCCUUAAUAAUCAUUAUUAAUGUUACUAGCCGGGCAUGUGAAGCCCCCCAGCUGCAUCAUGCGAGCAACCUGCACUUUGCUGCUGCGCCAACUUAGCCUCCUCCUCCUGCUGCUGCUGCUGGAGCCCUCUGCGGGAUCGGGCCCCUUCGCCUCCUCCAGCGACCCCCGUGCUCGGACCCAGCUCAGCGGAGCCACCACGCCGGCCGCGGGGCCGCAGGGUUCUUCCAGCCGGGGCGUCUCUGCAGCCGCUGCUGCGGCGGCGGCGGCUGCUUCCCGGCUGCCUCCCUGGGAGAGGGAGAGCUCCGUGCCCUGGGCGCCGCCAGUGUCCGGCAGCACCUCGGAGCCGGCGGCGGGAGGACACACCAGCAGCCCGGUCAUUGGAAGCAGCUAUCAGACACUUAGAAGUUCAGAUAUUGAAAUGAGGACUUCCAGGUCUCCUACGGACAAUAUGGAGACACUGACUACAUUCUCCAGAAGUGGAGAGAGGACGUUGCUGUCUGUAACAAACAGUGCCAUGUCUACAACUGCAACAGAAAGCACCACCUCUUAUACAGAAAUGAUCAGUUCUGCAGAUUUAACCCAACAGUCCUCUUCUGUAGAGCAGAACAGAAGAAAUAGCUCCUCAAGUGACAUGUAUUUCACUAAGCCUGGAACGGAGCCUUUGAUUGUACAUUCUUCUGAGAUACCCACCUAUUCAUCUUCACAAAGUGAUCCUCCUGCCAUUGGAAGCAGCCACGAGACAGCUAGCAUCUGGGAUACGGAAAAAAAGACUCCUAGUUCUCAUACUGAUAGUAUGUACAUUUCGCCUACAUUCCGCAGAGGUGGGGAGAGGACAAUACAGUUGCUAACAAACAGCAUCACUUCGACUGAUUCACUAAAAAGCACCACUUCUCAUACAGAAAUUGCCAUGUCUUCAGAUCUAUCCCACUCCUCAGCUUCUAUAUCGUGGACUGGAGGAAGUAAUAGAUCAUCAACUAUCGCUGCUCUCCCUGAGUCUUCAACAGGGCCUUUACUUAUAUAUUCCCCUUUAAAGAGUGGUCUCCCAGCCAUUGAAAGUAGCCAUCAGCCAACUAACGGCUCAGAGAAAAAUAUUGCCAGUUCUCACAUUGCCAGUACGUACAUUUCAACUACAUCCACCAGAGCUGGAGCAGGGAUGUUACAAGAUCUCAUAAACAGCAGCAGAUCUUCUAAUGCAACAGGAAACUCUACUUCUGGUACUGAAAUGUCCAGCUCUUCGUAUUUAACCCAGUCGUCAUCUAUAUCUUCUAUAGCACUGACCAGUGGAAUUCAUAUCUCAUUGGCUGCCACAGAGUUCACAGAGCCUUCAACCGACCCUUUGCUUACACAGUCUCAUUCUGCUUCAGAAACUGUUUCCAAAGCCAUUGGAAGUAGCCACCAGCCAAUUAACAUCUCAGCUACAGAAAAAAGGACUUCUGAUUUGUAUACCACCAGUACAUACAGUUCAACAUCAUUCACGAGAGGUGGAGAGAGGACGUUAAGGUCUCUAAUGAACAACAGCACAUUACCUGAUGUAGCAGACAGCUCCACUUCUGACUUAGAAAAUACCAAGUCUUCAGAUUUACCCCAGCCCUCGUCUCCUGUAGCACAGGUUGGAGGAAGUAAUAUCUCAUCAAGUGACUUGACUGAGCCUUCCACAGAGUCUUUGUUUACACAUUCUUCCAAGAUCCCAAGUUAUUCGUCUUCCCCAAAUGAUCUUGCAGCUAUAGUAAGUAGCAACCAACCAGUUAGCAUCUCAGCUACAGAAAAAAGAACUUCUGAUUUACAUACCACCACUACAUAUAUUUCAACAACAUUGCUCAAAGGUGGUGAGAGGACAUUAAGAUCCCUAACGAACGGCAAUGUAUCACCUGAUGCAGCAGAAAGCUCCACUUCUAAUUUAGAAAAUACAAAGGCUUCUGAUUUAACCCAGGCCUCAACCUCUGUAACACAGGGGGGAGGAAGUAAUAUCUCCUCAACUGACUUCACUGACCCUUCAACGGAGGCUUUGCUUACACAUUCUUCCAAGAGCUCAAGUUAUUCGUCUUCUCCAAAUGAUCUUGCAGCUAUUGGAAGUAGUCACCAACCGGUUAACAUCUCCACUACAGAAACAAGGACUUCUGAUGUGCAUACUUCCAGUACCUAUAUUUCAGUGACAUUCACCGGAGCUUCAGGGAGGAGCUUAACGUCUCUAACAAACAGCAGCACAUUGCCCGAUGCAGCAGAAAGCUCCACUUCUAACUUAGGAAAUAUCAACUCUUCAGAUUUACCCCAGCCCUCGUCUGCUGUAGCACAGGCUGGAGGAAAUAAUAUCUCAUCUAGUGACUUCACUGAGCCUUCCACGGAGCCUUUGCUUACGGAUUCUUCCAAGAUCACAAGUUAUUCGUCUUCCCCAAAUGAUCUUGCAGCUAUUGGAAGUAGUCACCAACCGGUUAACAUCUCCACUACAGAAACAAGGACUUCUGAUGUGCAUACUUCCAGUACCUAUAUUUCAGUGACAUUCACCGGAGCUUCAGAGAGGAGCUUAACGUCUCUAACAAACAGCAGCACAUUGCCCGAUGCAGCAGAAAGCUCCACUUCUAACUUAGGAAAUAUCAACUCUUCAGAUUUACCCCAGUCCUCGUCUGCUGUAGCACAGGCUGGAGGAAAUAAUAUCUCAUCUAGUGACUUCACUGAGCCUUCCACGGAGCCUUUGCUUACGCAUUCUUCCAAGAUCCCAAGUUAUUCAUCUUCCCCAAAUGAUCUUGCAGCUAUUGGAAGUAGCCACCAACCAAUUAGCAUCUCAGCUACAGAAACAAGGACUUCUGAUUUGCAUACUUCCAGUACCUAUAUUUCAAUGACAUCCAUCAGAGGUGAAAAGAGGACAUCAAGGUCUCUAACCUACAGCAGCACCUUGCCUGAUGUGACAGACAGCUCCACUUCUUACUUAGAAAAUACCAAGUCUUCAGAUUUACCCCAGCCCUCGUCUCCUGUAGGACAGGCUGGAAGAAGUAAUAUCUCAUCAAGUGACUUCACUGAGCUUUCCACAGAGUCUUUGUUUACACAUUCUUCCAAGAUCCCAAGUUAUUCGUCUUCCCCAAAUGAUCUUGCAGCCAUGGAAAGUAGCCCCCAACCAAUUAGCAUCUCAGCUACAGAGAAAAGGACUUCUGAUUUGCAAACCACCAGUAGUUACAUUUCAACAACAUUCACCAGAGGUGGAGAGAAGACGUUCAGAUCCCUAACAAACAGCGGCACAUCACCUGAUGCAACAGAAAGCUCUACUUCUAACUUAGAAAAUACCCAGUCUUCAGAUUUACCCCAGCCCUCAUCUCCUGUAGUAGAGAGUGGAGGAAGUAAUAUCUCAUCAAGUGACUUCACUGAGCCUUCGACGGAGCCUUUGCUUACACAUUCUCCCAAGGACCCAACUCCUUCGUCUUCAUCAAAUGAUCUCGCUGGAGUUGGAAGUAGCCAUCAAUCGGUUACAAUUUCAGAUAGAGAAAAAGAGAUUUCCAGUUCUCCUACUCAUAGUACGUACGUGUCAACAACAUUCGCCAGAGGUGGGGAGAGGACAUCCCAAUCUCAAACUCACAGCAGCACAUCGACUGCGGCAACAGAAAUCUCCACUCAUAAUAUAGACGCGGCUGAGUCUUCAGAUUCAACCCAGUUCUUAUCUUCUGUAUCACAGGCUGGAGGUUUCAAUAUCUCAUCAAGUGAUGCCGAUUUCAUGGAGCCUUCCACCGAGCCUUUGCUUACCGAUUCUUCCAAGAGCUCAACGUUGUCUUUACCCAAUGAUACAACCUCCGUUGGAAGUAACCAUCAGUCUCUUAGCAGCUCAAACACCGAAAAAAGUCCUUAUACUGACAGUAUGUACAGUUCAGCUACGUUAACCGGAGGUGGAGAAAGGACGUCACAAUCUCUGACAAAUAGCACAUCUACCCAUACAACAGAAAGCUCCACUUCGUAUACAGAAAUUGCCAAUUCCUCAGAAUUAAUUCUGUCACCUUCAAUGGCAGAGACUAGAGGGACGAGUAUGUCAGCAAAUGAUAUGGAUUUCACUGGGUCUUCAACUGAGACUUUCUUUAUACGUUCUUCCAAGAUACCAACUGACUCUUCUUUCCAAAAUGAUCCUUCAAGCAUUGCAAGUAGCCAUCAACCAGUUAGCAGCAUCGACACUGAGAAAAGGACCUCUGUUUCUCGCACUGACAGCAUGUACAUUCAAACCACAUUCAGUAGAGGCGGAGACAGGACGUUACUGUCUAUAUCAAAUAACAGCACCUCUGCCGAAUCAUCAGAAAGUUCCACUUUUUAUGCAGAAAUUUCCAACUCUUCAGAUUUAGCACAAUCCUCAUCUUUUAUGGCUCAGAGCAGAGGAAGUAACGUAUCAUCAACUGACGGGGAUUUAAUUGCUCCAUCUACAGAGCCUUUGCUUGUACAUUCUUCCAAAAUGCCAACUUACUCUUCUACAGUCAUUGUACAAAAUGCAACUCUGUUUUUCACUGGCACUGAAUCGUCGCCAACUGGCAGCUCAUCAUUAUCUUCAUCAGUAUUUCCAUCCUCUUCCUCGGUGUCAUCAUUACAUCACUUGCUUUCAUCAACGCCAUCGCCACCUCAUUCAUUUGCAUCAUCAGAGUCAUCUCCACCAUCCUCUUCAUCGGUGAUACCAUCAUCGUCACUCCCACCACCAUCUUUGUCGUCAUCUUUAUCCACCUCCUCGUCAGUUGAAUCAUUUCCUUUAUUACCAUCCUUAUUACCUUCAUUUUCUUCAGCAUCUUCACCAUCACACGCUGGUGACAGUUUUCAAACCAGCAGGUCCAUGGUUACAUCAGGAGGGACAGACACAAUGGAGCCAUCGACUGCUGUGUUCUCUGGAAGUACACCCAGACAGUACAGCAAUCACAGCAGACCACACCAGUUGAAAGAGAGCACUAGUUUCAAAACCACAGGACCACUUCCUCUUCAGACUGAACCUAUGGAACAGCUCAGCAGUCGCUCUUCAUCCACAUCAGCUUCUGCACUUGUAACAGCGAGCUCUGCAGGAGGAACCUUCACUUCCAGUGGGGACCAUUUUGAAAAGACAACUUUGCUUCUGACAACAGCUGCUCCAAGUCUGAGCAAGGAUACCCAACACACUGAGAUGGCAAAAGCAUCGACCAGUAUCUUGCCAAAUACGACAAGUCAAAGGGAUGUGUUCCCUGCAGCGGAAUUAACAACAGGGAAAACAGUUACACUGUCAACAGACAUGACUUUUGGACCACAGCAUUCUGUGCCAACUACAGAUCAUUCUAUUACUACGAAAACUCGCAGAGUUCAAACUGCUGCUACCACGACACUGGCCUACGUAACUGGAGUAACUACAAAAUCAAUGGAAACUAGCACUGCAACUAGCAUUAAAAUCACCGAAGAAAAUAUCCCAGCUACACAUCCUUCCAAAACAUCUUCCUCGAGCAAAACCACUGCAGGGUUUUCCACCACUUCAGCAGCAGCUACCAAACCAACUACUGUUGCUCUGUUCAGUCGCACAAGGGCAUUAGUAACUACUUCUCAUACAACAGUCAAUGUCUGCACCACAAACCCUUGUCUGCAUGAUGGAAAAUGUGUUAUUAAUGGUGUUAUGGGCAAAUAUCAGUGCAAGUGUUCACCAGCCUGGCAAGGAGAAGACUGCAGUGAAGAUGUGGAUGAAUGUCUUUCUAAUCCAUGCCCAGAUUUGGCCACAUGUAAUAAUACUCAGGGCUCCUAUGUCUGCAAAUGUCCUCUUGGAUACCGGCUAGAAAAAGGAAAAUGCAAUUUAGUAAGAACAUUUGUUGAUCAAGUUGCACUGAAACUGAACACUACUCAUGGGAAGUAUUCUGAACUCCCUCGAAUUGAAGAUGAAAUAAUAACAAUGCUGAACAUGUCUCUUUCAACGUUACCUGGCUAUUACAACUCAGUGGUUAAAGCUGCAAGGGAGUCCAGUUCUGUCCGAGUUUCAGUCCAAACCACCUUUUCUUUAACAUCUAACGUGACGCUCCUUGACAUUUGUAGAAGUGUACAAAGCUACAUCAGUGCUUGCAAAACUCCUGCUGAAACCUGCCAGUUCAUCUCCAACCUUACGCUGCUCCACAGAGUUGGCGGUUUGUGUAAACAGAAGGACCCUGAAUGCGACAGAGAAACUUCGGAAUGCACCGACCAGGAUGGCAUUGCAGUCUGUCAGUGCAAGAGUGGAUACUUUAAAUACAAGAAGAUAGAUCAUUCCUGCAGAGCUUGCGAAGAUGGAUAUAGGCUUGAAAAUGAGACCUGUGUGAGGUGCCCAUUCGGCUUGGGGGGAUUGAACUGUAGAAACCCGUAUCAGCUAAUCACCGUGGUGAUUGCAGCUGCAGGAGGGGGACUUCUGCUUAUCCUGGGGAUAGCACUGAUCAUCACUUGCUGCCGGAAGAACAAAAAUGACAUUAGUAAACUCAUCUUCAAGAGUGGGGAUUUCCAAAUGUCGCCAUAUGCCGAGUACCCCAAGAAUCCUCGAGCACAGGAGUGGGGCAGAGAGACCAUAGAAAUGCAAGAAAAUGGAAGCACUAAAAACCUGCUGCAGAUGACGGAUGUCUAUUAUUCGCCGACUGGUCUAAGAAACGCGGAACUGGAAAGAAAUGGACUUUAUCCUCCCUACACUGGUUUACCUGGAUCCAGACAUUCAUGCAUCUACCCUGGACAAUAUAACCUAUCCUUUAUUAGUGAUGAAACCAGAAGAAGAGACUAUUUUUAACAUAAUUGUGUGGGAGUGGAAGAUCAACAUAGAUACGUGUCCUUGUUUACCAGGUACACGCUGUCACAUGACAGUUCAGCUGAUACCAGUCUUAAUCUUAACAUACAGGAAGGACUUUGAACUCAAAAGAACACAGAGCACUGCUGCCUUGAAAACCCAUUUGUAGUUGUUGAGUAGCGAAGAUGGAGGGGAAGAAUGAGCCAAUAUGCAGAUCUGUAAAAGACCCAGGUGGAAGUUUAUGGAAGUUAACUUAUGCACUCCACUUUUAUCUUCGCCAUUGACGUCACAUAACAUGAAUUUGUUAAUAGAUCAGUACGGACAGACUAACUGUUGCCUGCACUCUAAAAUGAAUACCACUAGGGAGUGUUUUGUUUACAGAUAUUGUAAAAUUACAGGUAUUGGUCUGACUGCUGUGUGUUUCCUCUUGGCCAACUUUUAUGCAAAGAUGCACUGUGUGCUCUUUUUGGGUAGGAAGUGUAUGUUCAUUUCAGACCCUUCUCUGCCUUUCCAUGUUGUGAUCUGCUUCCUAUGCAACAAGGGAGCUGGAUUGCCCACUAAAUAUUAGUUUUCUUUA